AUUAGUUGAUACAAAUCCAAAAUUGAAUCUAUCUGAUAUCUCCAGCAACUUUCAUUUCUGCUCUCGAAUUCUCAGCGAAUUUGAACCUCACACAUCCCCUCUAUGAUUUGCUGUCUUGCGGGUCCCAUCUCAACAACCCUCCACUUCCAGAAUGAUUUUCCUGCUCAUCUGUCCAUGUUUUGAACCAAAUUUUCGCUUUCAAUCUCAUUACAUUUCUCUUGCACACCCUAUAAUUGCCUAAUUACUAUCGACUCAAAUCUCCUUCAAUCACCAUUUUCGAAAUUGGGUUUGUUCAUCUCGCCUUUUCCUGCACUGGGUCAGUACUGUUUUGCACUAGAAAUCCCAGUUUGAUGAACCUUUUAAAAGCCGUUAGGUCUGUUGCAUUUUUGAGGCAAUUUAUCAAGCACUAAAAUGGCGUCUAUAGGUUCAGUUCGUUUUAUUAUCGAAACCAAAACAGAAAGUUCUGUCUUUCUCCAUGGCAAAAACCAACAGCGAUCCAGAUUUCCCGUUUUCGCAUAUAGACCAAAAAAUGCUUUUAAUUUUGCUGUUUCGUUAUCUUUGAGGUUCAAGCCUGUAAGAGCUACCGGUAAGGAAGAUAUUAGUGGUGAUGGGUCAGAGGAUACACUUCAAGCCACCAUUGAAAAAAGCAAGAAAGUUCUUGCCAUACAAAGAGACCUACUUCGGCAGAUUGCUGAACGAAGGAAAUUGGUUUCUUCCAUACAAAGUAGUGUUGGUGACCAUGAAGUAGACAGAACUUCUCAUGAACAGAGGGAGAACUCUUUGCCAAAUUCAGGUAAUACUUCAACUAUAGAUGUGAAUAUGCUUGAACAACAAAAUGGCGCCGUUCUUCCGAGUAGUGUCCAUGCAACUGCAGAUGAGGUACCAGAAACUUCAUCUUCAGCUAUUAGUGGAGGUCAUGCUAAAGUUGAAAAGGAACUUGAACAAAAUGUAUCUCCUACAACAGCUUCCUUUGUUAAGAAUUCAACCAAACUCUUAAAAGAGAUGAAUUCAGAAAAAGUUUGGUCAGAUGAGAUGCCAUCUUUUCUUUCAAGCACCUCAGAAAUUUCCACUAUAAAUGAUGAAAAUAAUGGAGGUUCAAAUGAAUCAACUUCACCUAAGGUUGACAAUGUUGAAAGCGAUUCUAUGACUGAAGACACAAAACCACCUCCUUUGGCUGGGGCCAAUGUCAUGAAUGUUAUUUUGGUAGCUGCAGAAUGUGCUCCAUGGUCCAAAACAGGUGGCCUUGGAGACGUUGCUGGGUCUUUACCAAAGGCUUUGGCUCGGCGUGGACAUCGGGUUAUGGUUGUGGCACCUCGGUAUGGUAACUAUGCUGAACCUCUGGAUACUGGAGUUCGAAAGAGGUAUAAGGUGGAUGGUCAGGAUUUUGAAGUAUCAUACUUCCAAGCGUUCAUUGAUGGGGUUGAUUUUGUAUUCAUUGAGAGUCCUAUCUUUCGCCACAUAGAGAAUAAUAUAUAUGGAGGAAACAGAUUGGAUAUAUUGAAGAGGAUGGUGUUAUUUUGCAAAGCUGCUGUUGAGGUUCCAUGGCAUGUCCCAUGUGGUGGAGUCUGCUAUGGGGAUGGAAAUUUGGCUUUCAUUGCAAAUGAUUGGCAUACAGCACUGGUGCCAGUGUAUCUGAAGGCAUAUUAUCGAGACAAUGGUGUAAUGCGAUAUGCAAGAUCUGUUUUCGUAAUUCAUAACAUUGCUUACCAGGGUCGGGGUCCUGUCGACGAUUUCUCUUAUAUGGAUCUACCAGAACACUACAUUGAUCUCUUCAAACUGUAUGACCCUGUUGGUGGUGACCACUUCAAUAUCUUUGCAGCUGGUCUUAAGACAGCAGAUCGUGUGGUUACUGUUAGUCAUGGAUAUGCCUGGGAGCUUAAAACAUCCGAAGGUGGUUGGGGUCUGCACAACAUCAUAAGUGAGAAUGACUGGAAAUUGAGGGGCAUUGUUAAUGGGAUUGAUGCAAAAGAAUGGAACCCACUGUUUGAUAUUCACCUGACAUCAGAUGGUUAUACUAAUUACUCCCUGGAAACACUUGAUACUGGCAAGCCUCAGUGCAAAGCAGCCUUACAGAAGGAGCUUGGUUUGCCCAUACGUCCAGAUGUCCCUGUUAUUGGGUUCAUUGGAAGGUUGGAUCACCAGAAGGGUGUUGAUCUCAUAGCUGAGGCGGUUCCCUGGAUGAUGGGUCAAGAUGUGCAACUGGUCAUGUUGGGUAGUGGUAGACAAGACUUGGAAGAUAUGCUUAGAAAAUUUGAAAGCCAACAUACUGGCAAAGUAAGGGGAUGGGUUGGUUUUUCUGUGAAGACGGCUCACAGGAUAACAGCCGGUGCAGAUAUUUUGCUCAUGCCAUCAAGAUUCGAACCGUGUGGGCUAAACCAGUUAUAUGCUAUGACCUAUGGUACAGUUCCUGUUGUACAUGCUGUUGGUGGACUGAGAGAUACAGUGCAACCUUUUGAUCCAUUUAAUGAGUCAGGGCUUGGGUGGACGUUUGAUAGUGCUGAAUCAAAUAAAUUGAUAAAUGCAUUAGGGAAUUGCUUGCUCACUUACCGACAGUACAAGAAGAGCUGGGAAGGACUGCAGAGAAGAGGGAUGACUCAAGACCUCAGCUGGGACCAUGCUGCUGAGAAAUAUGAGGAGAUUCUUGUUGCAGCCAAGUAUCAGUGGUGAGCGUGAGUGCUUUUCCACGUAGUCUGAGAUCCAAUUGACCCAAAUGCUAUUGGGGAGUGGACCAUUAUUUCUGGAAGAAUAUGGUUGAGAGAUGUUCUUCAACAGGUUGGUAUCUGAUGGUAGGAAGGGUCUAUCAUUUGAAUUGCUAGAAUAAGCAGGCCAGGUGACCUUUUAUGGUCUGCUAUAUAGCUCAUAUGUAAUCAACUUAGAAUCAGACUUCAGGAGUUGUAAUCCUUUCUGGUUUUGUCAAACAUCGGCAGAGCAUGGUUUUGGUUGUGGUGGCCUCCUUGUGGUUUAUAUUAUCUGAAACCUGGUAUCUUUUUACCCCUUAAA